AUGUCACGACUAGGCACGUUUCGAGCCGUCUAUCUCGUAGCGCUCUGCUGCGUCGGGUCGUUCCUGUUUGCCUAUGAUACGGGCAUCAUCGGCGGCAUCCUCACAUUCGAGGGCUUCCAGCAAGACUUCCGAUAUGGCCCGGCUGAGAAAGCCAGCGUCGGCUCCAACUCGACGAGUCUGCUGCAGGCGGGCGCCUUCUUCUCCUGCUUCUUCAUCUGGCCCUUCACCGCAAAGUACGGCCGCCGGUGGUCCAUCAUCCUCGCCUCCGUCAUCUUCUGCGCCGGCGCCGUCGUCCAGACCAUCAACACGCACUCCCUCGCCGCCUUCUACGUCGCCCGCGUCGUCAGCGGCGUCGGCGUCGGCAUGGCCACCGUCGUCAUCCCCAUGUACUCGGCCGAGAUGGCGCCCAAGAACAUCCGCGGCACGCUCGGCAGCAUGUUCCAGUUCUUCUUCACCAUGGGCGUCAUGACCUCGUACUUUGUCGACUACGGCGUCAGCAAGCACGUCAAGGCCUCGACCAUGCAGUGGCAGAUCCCCGUCGGCCUGCAGCUCGUUCCCGGUGCGAUCCUCGGCCUGGGCAUGUUGCUCUGCAAAGAGAGCACGCGGUGGUUGGCCAAGAAGGGUCGGCGAGAGGAAGCGCUGCAGUCGCUGAUCUGGGUCCGCGGCGGCGAGCACACCCCCGAGGUAGAAGAAGAGUUUGCCGAAAUUAUCUCCAGCAUAGAGGAAGAGCAGCACCAGAAGGAAGGGCUUACGUGGAAAGAGCUGAACGAGCCCGUCAACCGAUACCGCAUCUUCCUCAUCAUUGCCCUCCAGAUUGGUGUCCAACUUACCGGCAACACUUCCUUGGCAUACUAUGCCCCCCAGGUCUUUGCGGCGGUGGGCGCGGGACAGAACAACCUCCUGAUCACGGGCUUCUUCGGCCUCGUCAAGGUCAUCUCGUGCCUCUUCUACCUCUUGUUCCUCGUUGAGCGUAUCGGCCGGCGCGGCUCGCUCCUCGGCGGAGCGUUCCUGAUGGGCACUUACAUGCUCAUCAUCGCCUGCUUGACCGCCACUCACCCGCCCAAGUCCAUCGACCAGGGCUUGACUUCGACGGCCAUUGCCUCGAUGACGAUGAUUUACCUCGAGGCCAUGUCGUACAACAUAUCGUGGGGCCCCGCCCCCUGGGUGUACAUGGGCGAGGUCUUCCCGACCCGCAUCCGCGAGGCCGGUAUCGCUAUCGGUACCUCGACGCAGUGGCUCUUCAACUUCGUCUUCUCUCAGGUCACGCCUCAUGCAGUGCAGAACCUCGGCUGGAGGACGUUUCUCAUGUUCUGCAUCUUUAACUGGGCCCUCGUCGUGUUCGUCUGGUUCUUCAUCAAGGAGACGAAGGGCAAAUCCCUCGAGGAGAUGGACGCACUGUUCUCGAGAAAGAUCCUUGGAAGUGACGCCGAAAACUCCCUGGAGAAGCGUAGCGGGGACCAGGAUGCCACUCGAGUUCCGCAGAACAUUGACCGAAAGGAGUAG